AUAACGUCACAUAAAGCGCCGACCAAGUCAGCGGGAUGAUUGGUGUGCGCUGUGUCCUGGGUUGUGAAGGCACCAACAUGUUACCGUGUCCGUGACUCCCGGUGACUGCAGCUUUGGCUGGAGGAGCGGCUUAAUCGGUGUGCACGAUGAGCACUUUAUGGAUGGGAAACCUGCAUUGGGUCAGAGUCAUUAAAGGCAGCAUUGUGCACAAUCAACUCGGAAGAAGACAUCAGUUCAUCCCAGGGCACACUUGUUGAUCUCAGGCCAACUAAGAUUCACCAGUUAACCUAACAUGCAGAGAAACACACCUAAGGAAUAUGUGAAAAUAUCAAGAGACAGACAGUGCAACUGAGUUGAGAGUUACAAACUUGGUCCCGUGCACUUUGAGACAGAGGAAGUGCUAGCCACUGUUAUAUCUGGCCUUCAUAACAAAACAUUUAACAGAUGUGGAUAUGGAGCUUGAACCAUAUAUGGAUGAGAAGUUCAUUGCCCAAGCCUUUGUCACUAUGGGAGAGACUGUGACAGGAGUGAGAAUAAUCCGCAAUAGAAUUACUGGGAGCACUGCAGGCUAUUGCUUUGUGGAGUUUGCAGAUGAGGUCACAGCAGAAAGAUGUCUUCUGAAAAUCAAUGGAAAACCUCUUCCAGGAGCCACCCCUCCAAAAAGAUUCAAGUUAAACAGAGCUACUUAUGGAAAGCAAGCUGAUAAUAGUCCUGAGUAUUCUGUGUUUGUUGGUGACUUGACAUCAGAUGUGGAUGAUGGAAUGCUAUAUGAAUUCUUUCUUAGUCGGUAUCCAUCUUGUAGAGGAGGAAAAGUUGUUCUGGAUCACUUAGGUAACUCAAGGGGUUGUGGUUUUGUGAAGUUUAUGGAUGAAAGUGAGCAGAAACGGGUCCUUGAGGAAUGUCAAGGGAUACUGGGACUUGGAGGAAAGCCUCUACGACUGAGUCUGGCAAAAGCAAGCAAGAUUUGUCCAACCUCAAUGGGCUACCUCCAAACAUGUAACUACAACUAUAACCAGUACUAUGAACAAUACCAAAAUUACUAUGCACAGUGGGGCUAUGACCAGAAUACUGGCAGCUAUAGUUACAGUUACCCUCAGUAUGGCUACACACAGAGCACCAUGCAGUCCUAUGAAGAAGUAGAAGAUGAUGCCCUUGAAGAUCCAGCCCCCCAUACUGAUGUUGAAGAAGCUAAUAGGCAGUUUGUGGAGCAAAGUGAAGAACUUUAUGACGCAUUAGUGGACUGUCAGUGGCAGCCACUGGAUUCUGCAAGUGCUGAAAUCCCUGUGCACCUUUAAAUAGCGAUUCAAAACAAAAGCAGCUUCAAGAAAACUCUUAUCCAUCUUGUUUGUUUCUUCUGUGAAAGUGGCAAAUGAACUGCAACCAUUAGUUGUGAACCAUACAUAACUGUACUUUUUUAGGUGUGUUGGCAUUAAAUGCUGUCAUCAUGUCUGUCUGCCUGUCGGUCCUUUCGUCCAUAUAAAAAAACACUCCCCCAGUGGACUCAUUUCGUUGAAAUUUGGGACACUUCAUCUUCAAAGAAAUUUCAGUUUAAUUAUUAUUCUGAUAUCUCCAAAUGCAGGUUUUUGUAAUUUCUUUGUUUAGAUUUUAAAAACCCCAAUUUAGAAAAGAAUGGCAAAGUUA